GAAGAGGCAACUCGCGGCGUGUGCCGCCGGGCGCGUGGCGCGCUGGAGUGGCGAGGGAGCGCCCCGAGGGGAAGCGGCCCCAGGGGUUGGAAGGGGCGCCGGCUGCCAACGUCGCGGCUCCUCUGACUCUUGAAAGGGCGGCGACCUUUUCGGGAGCCACUUUUUUUUCCACCCUGUCGCUGGGCUUUGGCUCGAACCUUUUGGCGCGCCCUCCCCUUCCCCUCCCGCCCAUGUCUCGGCUCCUUUGCCACGUCCUGGGUGAAUGGAAGGAGGGAGGCGAGGGGGAGAAAGAGGAGGAGGAAGGAGGGGAAGCCACCGCUCGGGCGCGGCGGGGGGGAGGCAGUGCUCGACUGCGUCUGUCUCUUGCUGCCCCCUGAGCCCGUCGGGUGGAGCAUGAAGCACCAUGGUGUGGUGCGACCGUGGGAUCCAGAUGCUGCUGACCACGGUGGGUGCCUUCGCCGCCUUCAGCCUCAUGACCAUCGCUAUCGGCACCGAUUAUUGGCUCUACUCGAGCGCCAACCUCUGCAACGGGACCAAUGUCACCGCCACGGACGAGACGGCGCAAAGCCAGCCGAAAAAAGUGAAGGGCGACCUCACCCACUCCGGCCUCUGGAGGUUCUGCUGUAUUGAAGGGAUAUACAAGGGACACUGUUUUCGAAUCAACCAUUUCCCCGAAGACAAUGACUAUGAUCACGAUAGCUCUGAAUAUCUUCUCCGUAUAGUACGUGCCUCCAGUGUGUUCCCCAUCCUAAGCACAAUCUUGCUGUUGCUGGGAGGCCUCUGCAUUGGAGCUGGGAGGAUUUACAGCAGCAAAAACAACAUUAUCCUUAGUGCUGGAAUUCUUUUUGUAGCAGCAGGGUUAAGUAACAUAAUAGGAAUUAUUGUCUACAUCUCCAGCAAUGCAGGUGAUCCUAGUGACAAGCGGGAUGAGGAUAAAAAGAACCAAUACAGUUACGGCUGGUCUUUUUAUUUUGGAGCCUUGUCUUUCAUUGUGGCAGAAACAGUUGGUGUGCUGGCUGUGAACAUUUACAUUGAUAAAAACAAAGAGCUGAGGUUUAAGACCAAGAAGCAGUUCCUUAAGACUUCAGCUUCCCCUUACGCGAGGAUGCCAAGCUACAGAUAUAGAAGAAGAAGGUCCAGAUCUAGUUCUCGAUCCACAGAACCUUCUCCAUCCAGGGACAUUUCUCCAGUUGGGAUGAAGAUGGCAGGUUCUCUUCCGAUGAAUGAGAUCUCCAUGUAUACCCUCUCCAGGGAACCUCUCAAAGUUACCACCGCAGCAAGUUACAAUAUAGAACAAGACGCUGGCUUUCUUCAAGUCCACAAUUUCCUUCAAAAGGAAUUCAAAGAGGGACUUCAUAUCAAUAUGGUCAACAGGAGAACAACACCUGUUUGAAGGGAUUUGUUGGGUUGUUUGUUUGUUUGUUUUUCCUGAAACAAAGCAAAGGAAGUGAAAUCCAGAUCCUUUAUACUGUAGGUGAAAAGCAUGUCUUUUGAAAAUGCUCUUGCAUACUUCCGGGAUAAAAAUCCCAGAAUGAAGUUGCAGAAAGAGACGUUGGCAUAACACAAUGUCCUCGAGAGAUGGAACAAUACCUUUUUAGCUGAUUUUUAUAAGCUCUUUCAAAAUUUGAUUAAGAAAAGAAUAUUUAGGAAAUAAUUAAAAUCAGCCGUUCCAAUCCCUGCACUUUUGUAGUAUGUAUUGUGUAACUUGUGUCCUGGAAAAUAUUUUAGUGGAAAUAGAUUUUUAAAUUUUCAGUGUGGACUUUUUUCUACAACCCGGCCCUUUGGUACAAUCUGAAAUUCAUCAUAAAUGCUGCCUAAUGUUUAUGUUUCUUUAGAGCAGAAGAAAAAGGCAUCAAUGAGAAUAGCGGGCUGGGGAAUUCUGGGAGUUGAAGUCCACAGGGUGCCAAGGUUGGAAACCCCUCUUUUAGAGCAAAGGUCAAAUAAUGGGGGUGGGGAGGAAGCUUGUGGUUGGUUCCAACUUUUGAAAACCAGUGAGGGGGAACCAUUCCAACUAGAGUUCUGCUCCUGAGCCUUAGGCAUCCUUGGGGGAAAAACCUGGUUUCUGACUUUAAACACACUGUAAUAUUGCUGAGAAUGUAGAUGUAGACUCCAUUGAUCUCUCUUCCUUGUUUACUGGAUUGCCCAGUAGUCUUUUUGACUUUUUAUUCUGCGCGCUCUUAAGUAAAGACUGUGAUUAGAUGAAGAAUAUCAGUUCCUUCAAAACUGCCCAUCCUUUAUUACUGUAUAUAAAUGAAUAGUCGUCCCCAAAGGCUUGAAAGAACUUGAAUUGCAAAGUCAAAAGCAACAAUUUGGGGAUGAGACAGUAUGAACUGAUGCUAUAUAUCUGUAAAGCAAGUUUCCCAAACGUGUGUCAGAGAUAAGUUUAGCUAACCCCACAUUAUAGAUUUCAAACAUUUGUAUUAAAACAAAUAUAUCCAGAACUCAUAACAUGAAUAGACCUGUGUUGGCGAUUGGGGAAGAGGGGCCUUUACUAAACCAAUCAUUUGCAGCCAUAAUUUUCUAGGCACUUCGUCGGAAAGUACCGUAUAUACUCGAAUAUAAGCCGAUCCGAGUAUAAGCCGAGGUCCCCAAUUUU